GAGGACCAGGUAGCACCUCCAGUCUCCUGGACCCGCCUCAGAGUCUCAAAGUGAAGCAUUUUUCGUAUGGACAGUGGUUUAUAAAUUCUCGUGAGCGACACUCUCGUAUACAUGUUCAAGAGCCGUCCCCUUCGCCGUUCUGUCGAUCAACUGUUGGCUUUGCGUAACACUGUUUUCUUCCAUCAACUAUUGCUGACUCUUUUUCUCUUGCCCCUUAACUGUUUGCCGGGUCUUAACAGAGAGGGCGGUAGGAGACAACAUUCACGAAGAAGGUCUUGAACGGAAUUGUUUCGGUGCAAAAAAGUGGGGGCUAUCCAGUUUACAAUAUUACCAUAUCGUCCAAAGUAAAAAUUAGAUUAAUCGGAGACUAGGUUGCACUUCAAAGCUUUUUGUUUUUUUUUAGAAAAAACAAAUACUAAACGGGAGUAUUAAUCCCGCACCCCCGUAGCGCUUUUUUCACUACCCAUCUUUUUUGUUUUCACCGUUCAUCUCAUUUGAAUUUAUCGUCGUUUUUAUCCCGAAUAUUUGCGCUUAGGGUCUUUUUUACUCUUCCACACCAUUUUCUUGAAUGAUCAACUGAAGAAAAGUUUCACCGACUGUUCAACUAAAAACGGCGAUCCGAGAAAUUGAGUUUUAAAUUCAUUCUCAAUUUCGCCAAAGAAUUGUUUUCACAUCUCAAUGGCGAAAUGAAUGACAUCAACGGAAGUUGACUUACUGCUACUAGAAAAACUUCAACCGUUACGACCAUGCCACGAAAUCAAAGGAAAGCAAUCGAGUGUUCUUCCCUGUUCACGUUCUUCUUAACCUUCAUGGUCGCUCAGUCUACGAAACCGGUCGACAUCGACACACCAAUUCCUGUCAUCACAAUCAACACCGUUGCUGGAUACACGGCGAAAAUGGAAUGCGACCUGCAAUCCAGCCGGCCAGACGAUAGCGCAUACCUCGUUUUGUGGUACAUCGAAUCGGAAAAGCAACCCAUUUACAGCGUGGACUUGCGAGCGCGACCACUCGAGCAAGCCAAGCACUGGAAGAACGAGCGGUUAGCGUCAAGGGCUCAGUUCGAUACGUCAGCAGCAUCUUCCGCUGCAUUCAUGUUAUCCAACGUUAGUGAAGAUGACGACGGAAUCUACAGGUGCCGUGUCGACUUUCGUCACACUCCAACUCGUCACGUUCGAUAUCAACUGAAUGUUGUUCAAUUACCAAGAGCACCGGUGAUCUAUGCCAACAGCGCCCGCCAAUAUGGACCUGUAUCCGGCAUGUACGACGAAGGAACCGAUUUGGCUCUCAUCUGCGAGGUUACCGGCGGAGCCCCCAACCUGAUCGUGGGAUGGUUCCGAAACGGCAAAAUGGUCGAGUCGAGGGUGGAACACCGUAUGCAUCACGACUACUUCUACCACCUACAGUUACGAAGCCUGUCGAGGGAUGAUCAUCGUGCCACUUACUCAUGCCAACUUGAGCUUGAUGUGACGCCACCAGUGCCGCCAGUCUUGCGGAACAUCACACUUAAUUUACGAAUGAAACCGAAGAAAGUGGAAAUCGUCUCGACUGGCCAGUAUUUGGAAGCGCUCAAAACUCAACAACUUCACUGCAAGGCAACGGGCGCCAAUCCACCGGCUGUAGUCACCUGGUGGAUGAACAACAUUCAGCUGACGAGCACCGAACUAUUGGUGUCGAGUGAAGCGAACGGCACCAUUUCCAAGGUGAACCUGACCCCGGCGAUCGAGGAUGACGGGCGCAUUGUGACCUGUCGAGCGCAAACUCCACUUCUGGCCGGCGGCUUCGUCGAGGACGAAUGGCGGAUGCAAGUCUACUAUCCACCGCGAGCCAACUUGGUCCUCGGCCGGCGCUUCACCGCCGAAGAAAUCCGCGAAGGCAGCAACGUCUAUCUCGAAUGCCAGACACGUAGCAAUCCGCCGAUUCAACGUUUGACCUGGAUGCAUAAUGGGAAAAUUCUGGGCAACAGCCGAAACCGAGAGAACAGGGAUAUCAUCUUAGCCAAUCAGACGCUGGUCAUUCGUCAAAUUGAACGACACACGGCCGGUAAUUACACGUGCAUUGCUGCCAAUCGGUUGGGCGAGUCCGCCAGUGCUCCACUUCAUCUUCACGUCAAAUAUGCUCCAGUCUGUCGCCGUUCAAAACCCUUGACGGUGGUGGUAUCACGUGAUCAACCAGCCAAGUUACGCUGUCAGGUGGAAGCCGAUCCGGAGACGCUAAGUUUCCCGUGGACGCUCUCGAAUGGCCGCGAGACGACGCUACUCCCACGUGAAAUGUCGUCCGAUUCCGGCCUGACGAGUGUCCUGGUUUACACGCCUCGCCGCGAUGCCGAUUUCGGCGAACUGCAGUGCUGGGCCUUGAACGAUAUAGGCAAGCAGAAAGAGCCGUGCAGGUUCAAAAUCAUCAAAGAAGGGCUGCCGCCAACACCGAGCCAGUGCGCCAUGCAGAGCUUGUCAAAGGGCGUCCUGGAAGUCAAAUGCCGUAACCUUUCCAAGGGCGUCGCCGCAAAAGAGACGGAGGUGGAUGGCGUCGAAGUUGCUGAUAAUGGCAGCGGCGAUGGAAGCGACAACGGAAGCAGCAGCCGGGACGAGGACGGCGGCCUCGACGAAUAUGACGAAGACGUCCUGGUCAGCGGCUCGUCCAACGUCUAUUGGCUGCAACUGUACAAUGCCGACUCGGGCGUCCUCCUGCGUAACAUGAGCAACAAAGCCUCGCCGCAUUUCAACGUCUCGGGCAUAGACCCCAGCACCCGAGUGGCCGCCAUUGUUAUGACAAUCAACAGACAAGGACGAAGUGAAGCAGUUACCCUGGAAGGAGCUGUUGAACGUGCGGUUGGAUCACGGGCAGCUAACGAGCCGGAAUCGUCGGUGACAAUGGUGGUUGUUCUGGCCGCCCCGGGCGCCCUUUUAAUUGCCAUUAUCGGACUAGCUGCUAUCCUGGCCGUUUACCAUCGACAACGAAGGAGGCAUCUUCGACAGCAGCCGUCUCAAUCUGCUGCCCAGACGUGCGACGGUGACGAUGCCAAUGACGACGUCAGCAACUACACCAAAACGGCCAACGGCAAACCGGAUGUAAUUAAAUCUAAGCGAGGAAUAGACCUGGAAUGCCAGCUCGCUGGUAUGUCGAAUGAGUCGUCACAUUCGUCGCUUGUCGUCGCAGCUGGCACUUCAAACAACGCUAACGGACCCUGUAAAUUUAACGAAGAAUCCGCCGUGACGUUUGCGGUUCAACAGACGGCGAUGAACGAUCGGAAUCGAGACAGAAUUUUAGAUCCGAAUGCGACUUCUUCCAGCAACAUGACCAGCAACCCACACAAGCCAGGAUCUCUGCGUUUGCACCAGCAACAGCACCCCGCAGAUUUUACGGUGAGGCAGGCGUUCGAUGUGCGUGACCAGUCCAACACCUCCAACGUCUACGUUUACCGAUAACAGGAAAGAUGGCCAAAUUGUCUACUCCAAAGUUACAAGAAUCGCUCUUUUAUUGGUUCUGAACUGCUCUUCUGAUAUAUACGGCUGUAUUCACGCUCUUUACACACGCGUAUCUACAAGGUGUGUGAAUAUGUGCUAAUGGAAAGCACGCGGCUGGCAGUGAGAAGACGACAUUCGGGCUACAAAUUAACUGCAAGACGAAAAGAAUAAUAUGAAAAACUGAAAAAAAAAAUAAAGGCAAGAAUUCCUAUGUAUGUGUCAGUUGUUUGCAAAGUUCAUUCUUCGUGUUGUCUUUUUUUUCUGCGCAAUACUAUGCUUUAUAUAUUCCCCAUUGAAGGUGUAAUAAACGUUUGAAUCGUU